AUGGAACAGGAUGUAACUGUCAGUGUUUCCGGAUGUACGACUCCCACUCUGCCUCGUCUUUUCCACCUUCUAAGCUCUCCGUACUCCAAAACGGACCAUUUCAAAUCGGGUCACGCUGUCUUACCUGAGCAAGGCGUGGCCAAGAGGUUAGCAUGCCGUGCUGUGGAUCGGAAGAAUUCUGAAGAAGAUCUUCCAGAAUGUUCUCAUUUUGAAGUGUGUAACAAAGUGGAUACGUAUUCGACUCCGUGGAUAGAACGUCAGUGUCGGUGUCCAGCAAAGCAUUCCUGUUCCCUUUCCUCUAAACUGAACGACGGUCACACUGUCUUGGACAAGUCAACACAAUUUAAGCUUUGUGAACCUGUUAGUAAGCUACCCACCUGCCGCUACUUCCGUGACGUCACUUGGACGUACGUCAGUCACCCUGAUAAUACAACUCAACAGAUAAUGCACUGCGUUUGCCCGAAAAACAGCGUAGCCUACAUCCUAAAUCAUCAAGCCUUCUACACCCUUUCAGGGGUCGGCUACAGAUACGCCUUCGUUUGUUCACCUCAAAGUUGGCAGCGAUGCGAGAGGAAGGAACCUUGUCGACUCUUCACCGUAAAGAAAAGACCUGGAGUGGAGGAGGUCAACUCCAGUAGACUUUGUGAGUGUCCUCUUGGGUUCAUUUGUCCGGAGAGGUAUGCUGAACCUUCGGUUAUGGUGGACACAAUUGGAAACGAAGAUCGCACUCGGACCUACAGCGGUUAUUGCGCCCCUGCAGCUGACUGAGUAGCCAGAUGGUGACCACUGUCCAGAAAAUAACGGUUCGGAACUCGAAGCUCUUAAUAGCAGGGCGGUCAUUAGUAAAAAUGAAGACUGGCCAUUUCAUCGUGGCUAAAGGAAUAAAUUAUUCAACAUCCAUCUAGCUUACAAGAUCUGAUCUUACCUAUCCACAACUACCCGUCUCGACUCAGGAGAGGAAGUAUACAGACUUCGAGAUUGUUAACUUCCGGUUUCAGUCAGAAAAACCCUGGAAGACCAUUAGUAUUAGUGACAAGUUUAGUUCAACAGGGUAUUAAGAAAACACCGGUAACUACA